AUGUCGCUCCCGUCGCCGCCCCCGAGACAGGCGGCGGCGGCGGCGGCGGCGCAACAGCAGCAGGUUGGCGUGGGGUCCGCGGCGAAGAGGAAGAAAUGGACGGAGGAAGAGGAACGGAGCCUGAUCGACAAGUACGCGGAGAUGCUACAGGAGGGGACGCUGGCCAGGAUGAAGACCCGAGAGAAGAAGUUCCGCCCUAUCGCGGCCCACGUCAACGCCUCCCACCAUGCCCUUGAUCCCGUCGCCUUCCCCUUCCAGUGGUCCUGGAAGGACGCCUCCACCAAGGUCCAGAACAUGCGCCACCAAUACCUCCUUGUCAAGCAGAAGCUCCUCUCCUCCUGCGCCGUCGUCAGUGCGAAGGCGGCGGCGGCGGUGCCUGCUCCCGCCGAUGCCGACCGGCCGGACUUCCCCUGGGACGACGGGCCUUCGCACUGGGCCAACUUCCUCCGCUACAAGGACGUCUUCGGCGAUGUUCCCCUUCCGAGCACCGGAGCGGCUGAUGCAGCAGCUCCCGGUCCAGCCGCUGCCGGAAAUCCUCCCGGGAGCUGCUUCGAUGGCGCCGCCAUGGCGAUCGAGGACGAUGUCAGGGACCUGGGAUUAGGUUUUGAUUGUGAUGGAGAUGAAGGCGAUGAGGAAGGAUUCGACUACGAGGAGGUGGAUGUCCCAGCCCUACUCCCUCCUCCCCCUCCUCCUCCUCCUCCUCCCCCACCUCCUCCUCUUCCUGCGCAGCCAGCAUUGCUGCGUGGGGCAGUGUCGAGGAAGAAACGGAGGAAGAAGAUGGAAGGAAAAGCGUGGGCAUUCAUGGACGCGCAGAUCGCGAGGUUGAAGGAGCGGGAGGCAAGGCUGGACGAGUGGGAAGCGGAGCAAGAGGGAGAGAGACAGAGGAGGGAGCUAACGAGGGUGGAACUGGAGGAGAGGGAGCAGGUGCGGCAGCAGAUGCGGCGGCAGCUGGAGGAAGACUGGGAGGACCGGUGGAGGCGGCAGCAUGAGGAGGACAGGGAAUGGGAGCAGAGGGCCGAGAGCCGACGGCUUGAAUGGAAGAAGAACAUCGAGGGCAUGCUGAACCAGCACCGAAUCGAGAUGGACCAGAUGCAGGCCCGAGUCCUCCAUGUCCAACAGAGCAUGAUAGCUCAGAUAGUCGGUCUUGUUGCUCAGUGGUCGGUCCCCAACCCACAGUCUGGACCCCUGUCAGACGGCGCAGGCUUUCCCAACCAUCACGGCCACCACCACCACCAAGUCUAUGUUUCACAGAUGAUGCAGAAUCUGCACCAUGUGAAUGGGAUUGUCCAUGGAGACAACAGAGUGGACGGGGAGAGCCAGGACGACCAAUUCAUCGUCGAUGAUGGAUGA